AUGUUGAGCUCCAUUGAGCUCUGUGACAAGAAACGCAUUGACAUCGAGAUCCACUCGUCUGUCCUGGGCCUUGGCAACAUCGACAUGUCUACCGACGCGCGUGUUUGGCUUGUUACCGGCGCAUCUAGCGGUCUAGGCCGCGCCCUCGUGGAAGCCGUUCUUGCCAAAGGCGAACGUACUGUUGCGACGGUUCGCAAGCCUGCUGUGCUCGACGACCUUACGAAGAAGUACUCCUCGGAGCAGUUGUUGGUCCUUCAGCUGGACGUGACGGACAAGGAGGCUAUCGCGCAGGUCUUCACCGACAUCGAGAAGCACUUCAAGCGGCUUGAUGUCGUCGUGAAUAACGCCGGCUACGGCGUCACAUCUGAUAUCGAGGCUACGCCGGACGAGAUCUCGCGUCCCGUCUUCGAAACGCUCUUCUGGGGACCCGUAUACAUCACGCAGCAGGCUAUUCGCUUCUUCCGCGAAGUGAAUCCCAAGGGUCUCGGUGGACGCAUCCUCAAUAUCUCAUCUAUUGGCGGAUACGCUGCCCAGCCCACGCUUUCCUUCUACAACGCCGCCAAGUUUGCGCUGGAAGGCUUCACGCAGUCUUUCACCAAAGAGAUGCCUCCCGCGUGGAACAUCAAAGGUGUUAUCGUCGAACCCGGAGGCUUCGCAACCAACUGGAACUCCAACAACAUGAUCACGGUCCCUUCUCACCCGGCGUACCCAGACGACUCCCCGAGCCGCCAGUUCAUCCAGAUGCGCGAGAGCGUUAAGCCGAUAGGCGAUGUGAAUCGUGCCGCGCAGGCCAUGAUCACUAUCUCCGAGGAGCCAAACCCGCCGCUGCGCUUGCAGUUGGGGACGGAUGCUUGGGGUAUUGCCCAAGGAAUGGCCCAGAAGACGAUAGACGAGGGGAAGAAGUGGGCGGAUCUUAGCCAUAGUACGAACUUGGACGGGUACGGACUGGAGAUUCUUCCCUUUUUGAAGGGGGCGAUCUAG